AUGACCAACUGGAAGGAGUUGGGAGAAGUCCCUGAUUCUGAGGAAGAAGAUGGUUUCGAGAGCCAGGAACUGCCCUCUUUGCCAGCGAUCACACCAACAGAUAAUACCGAAACCGAACAAAACGACAGCCAAACAGAGGCAGUUACCAACAAUGAAAAAGAACAACAGCAAUAUAAAGAUAUAUGGGAUGUCCCCGACUCGUCGCAAGAGCUUGUACAACCUGCCCUCGCAACAAUAACAGCAACUCGAAAUGACGAAGCAACGACUGAGCCACAAGAGACAAAUGCCCCAAUCCAUGAUGUGUGGGACGUCCCAUCAUCUUCGCCUCUCUCCUCGAUACAUUCUGAUGAAGAACUACCCGAAAUCAGCAACUUACAUCCUCGACAACCAACUGCCUCCACCGAAUCCGGUAAUUUGGAUCAAACUCAGCCUGAACAUCAAGCCAGUGGCGGAAUAUUGAACAGCUACGUUGAGAGGUCAUCGCCUCCGCCAGAGUUUACAAGCAACCGCGAUGCUGCACAUCAUCCCCCAGUGCUUGUUACCGAAGUUGAUGGUUUACCUGUGCGAAGCCAGAAGUUGGGUGUCAAUGAACAUCAGACCGCUCAACAAGCAGCCAUCCGAUAUGAGAGAUCAUUCCGACCCCGUAAACCGAUCCAAGAACGUCCAUACGCCAUAGAGAUGUCACACUACUCCAACAUGUUCAGAAAUCAUGGUGUCAGGCCUAUCAAAGUUGUCACCGAAGAAGAAAAGAGACGCAGGCAACAAGCUGAGGAGGCUUCGCAAGAUAAGGACUUCGAAGAUGACAGUCAGGGAUCGCACCUACCAGAUGUAUCUGACGAGAGCCAGGCGAGAGGCCUGGAAGACUUCCUGGAUGGCAUGGACACACUCGAUGUUCCGUCACCCUCUCCACCCAAGACUUCGCCGAGGGUCGAUCAUGCAGGGCCAAGUAGCCAGGCAAGCUCAACAGGAGACACCGAGAACACAAGUAUCGCUGGCGACGACCUUCCAGCAUUGAAAGACUUGUUAAAACGACCGCCGACGACUGCAACGAAGCAAGCAGCUAAACGAAAAUCUUCCCCGUCUCGGUCUUCUGCACGGAAACGCAAGAGAUAUGACGUUGUCGAUAGCGACCCGCUGGAGCCCGCCUGGGCAUUGAGAUUGGGACCUGUGACCACAGAUUCGCCUACCGCACAACGAAACUCAAGAAUGAACAGAGAUGGUUCAUUGCCGAAUGUAGAGGGCUCCCAUCAAGGAGUAGCACGUCCGUCUCCAGCACCUACCGGACAAACUCAGCCACUUUCCAGGUUGACGCAACGCUCGCAACGCCCAACUGCAAUGAGUCUAAGCGACUCUGAAGAUGAACUUGCUGGGCCAACGACUACUUUGCAGCCUAAUGACCAAUAUACUGCGGCUCAAUCGGAUUCCGAAUCCGAUUCUGAGAGUGGAUCUGAGAUUGUAAACUCAGUUGGGCGUCGGAUAAGAGGAGUACUUCCUGCCUCGUGGCUGCGGUUGGAUCAGCAAGCUGGCCACAAGAAAACUUCAAAAGACGUCCACAAAAAACCUGCUGCGUUUUUACCCGAGCAAGAUACAAGGCGGGGCGUUGCACAAAGACGCAUUGCUGCACCAGAUGCUCCCGCAGCCCUGGAAACAUUUUCUGAGGAAUCCGAUGAUGAUGGCGACUCUGCACCUGCACCUGUCCCGAGACAGGAAACAACUGACGAGAUCUUUCAUAACCAGACUCGUCUUGUCAUCAGAGAUGAGUCCCCAGUAUUCAUCUCGGAGGAUGUUUCUGACGAUGAGGAAUCUGUGAUGGAGGACAACGCCAUUGAUCAUAUGGUUGCUGGAAGGAAGCGUCAACUGAAGCUCUCAGAGUCUUUUCGAGGCACAGCGAAACGAAGCAAGACUUCCAGUAUCCAACGGACGCCUUCAUCUUCCAAGGGACCUCAUCAGCCUAGAAUUACGAGCAUGCUUUCUGGAUCUCGUGGCAACUCUGCAUCAGUAGCUGUUAAGAAGAGUCGCCAGUCAACAGCAAAACGAAAACCCAGCGGAAGAAAACGGUCAUCAAAAAGUGCUCGAAAACAAUAUGUCCCUCCUCGUCUCAGUAUUCUUGAUGUUGUUGAAUCGGAUGCGCCCCGCUUCUUGAAAAUUGCAGCUCGCUCUGCCACUCGACGCCAGGACAUGGGCAGAAGCAGCUCUAGUAGAAAGUUCAUCAAGCUCGCCACUAGAGACGAUCAUAUUGACGCUGUAUCUAUCUUGAACAAAUGGAGAUCUGGGUCGAUCCCCCAACGCCAAUCCGUCACCGCCGCCCUCAAAGUCAAAAAAUCCAGACCAAAGCCCAGGGGGCCUGAGCAACCUCCGCUCCAUGAAACCUCUGAGAAUGGGUCGUCUGCCUCAAGACAUACAGAUAUGCACCGUGGUGUACCACGUCGCUUGGUCAAACAAGUUAGCCAGACCGGCUCCAUACGGUAUCAGACGGACAACAGUGCUGUAAGACCUCAGACGAUGCAAAAGCCUCGCUCGAAUACAUUGACUCGGUCUGGAUCAGGGAUUGCACGGCCAGCUCAACUGGAAAUGGACGAGACGGAUCGAACAACCCGCUCCUCUUUCAAUGCAACCAAGAGAAGACUGGAUCGCCUGUUCCGAAAACAGCGUGGUGAUCUUUCUGCUUCAAGUAUCAUGACCUUCGACAACACCCCUGAUACAUAUUACCCAGCGAGUCCACCCCCAGAAGAGAACCCAGUUCCUCUCCGGGUUGUUGAGGAACCCUCUGUGAACCACAACAAGUCACGAUUCCGGAAGAACACGAGGCCUCAACGAAUCGAUGUUGAGGCACCGCAGUUCAGUCGUGCCAACGACCCGAUCCCCACAGUGUUAAUCAAAGUCCCUGAGCAUAUUCAACCUGUCGAGGCAAGUGGAGAAAAAAUGCAGGGUCUGGGACCAUAUGGCACCCAUUACACCCAUCAUUUUGAGAUGUUUCCCUUGGAUUCCCAUGUCUACUUUCACGAGUCAACCCUAAUCGGUAGUGGUGCCCUCGAAUCAGCAACUCGUGCUGUUACCUGCCAAAAUUUGCUUGAAGCUCGACCACGAAUAUCAUUCAACUUUGGUGACCAAAUGCUCAGGUGGGGUCCAUGGGAUGCCCAAGUAUCAUCCGAACUGGGGGUUCUCCUUGAUUCUAUCGCGGAUCAGCUGGAACACAUUCCAGUAAAUGGCGAAAUUCCAGACUCCAAAUUCGCUACGAGUGCUGCCGGGUUCACCAUGAAAUUCAUGCUUGAUGCUCUGAGUUUUGCAGACCAGACACAGGCCAAGACAUUUGCAUGCAGGGCGCUUGAGGUACUCCAAGGAUUCAACAGCCGCAUAGGGGCUCUGCUGCGGCGACAGGAUGGCACCACGCAGCCCCGCUACUCUCUUGUUGCAAGCGUCUAUGAUCAUUUGCUUCUAGCUACACUUUUCGUCCAGAGACUUUGCCAGAGCGAAGCGUCCUUGAUGAACGAACAAUUUCAAAUAGAGGAGCUGCUCAAGGGGUUGUCUAAGACUGCCAUUACCUCACUUAUGAUGACUGACUUAGAUCAUAUCACAAAAACAUACGAUGACCUCAAAAACUCUCGUAUGAGGGAGCUUGGUCUGAGGAACGAUAUGCCCAUCAUCCAUUCGUGGGUGACCAACAUGAAAAUUCUAGAACAUGCCCACAUCCCCCGCGCAUCAUUCUGGGAUAUUCUGUACGCAGUCAUAGCCACACCUGAAGCGUCAACAAGUAUCGAUGCAAGUAUACAUGAACGCCUGUGGAGAAACAUGUUUACACUCUUGCCGCUUACUGAAUUCGACGACAAAGGGAUUGUCAUUGCGGGCAGAAGGCAUGACGACACAGUUAUUGAUGGGUGGGCACUGCCGCAGAAGCUCCUCAAGAAGGUUUUCCAGGUUUAUCAGGAAAAUCCACGACAGUCACCAAGCUUCAGUAACUACUGCCGUGCACUGGUUGGCCGCUGUCACUAUCUUGUACAGCAAUGGGGGUGGCGCAAGUGUGUAGCAGUGAUAGGUGUUAUUUUCGAUUUCUUUGGCUCUCAGAAUCUCGCCCACUUCCGCAACGAAGAAGUAUACGCUUCCCCGAAAUUUCUGGACGAACUUGCUGGCAGCCCGUCAUUGGCUGUUGACAAAGCCGACAAUUGCUUUCACAUCUUCCUCAAGCUUGUUGCCUUGAGCAUCAAGAAGUUCAGUGACACCAAAGACAUCCGAAACUUGAUUGCUCGCACUAUGCCAAACCACAACCGCCAACUUCUCAAAGAGCAGAUGAUCCAAGAACGUGACUUGGCUGCUUUGCGAAACCACCAUGACCUUCUUUGCACUUUGUUUUGGGCAUCACCAGCAGAGCUUCGCCCAGGUGCUCAUCUGGUUGAGAGACUCGUCGCCCCAGCAAGCUCCCAUAAAGAGGCAUGCUUAAUCAAUUUGCGAGCUUGGAGCCAGCUGGCUAGGUUCGUUGUCUCAACUGGAGAAGCCACGACCGCGUUUAAACCAUUUGGUCAAUGGCGCAACAACUUCUUCCAAUCCAUGAUGGAUCAAUUUGAUUCGGUCCAAAGCGACAUGCAGCAACAAGUGCUGGCGAUGUCCAAAGAUGGCAGCAACACGGUCGACCCAGGCUUGGUAGAUGCUAUGGUAGCAAUGAACAGACGAGCUGUGAUGGACGUGCUAUAUAUGUCCGUGACGAUGUCGUUGGAUGUCAUGAAGCACGCACCCAAUCUGGAAGCUGCUACGUUUGCUUUGAAUACGCAACAGCUACAGCAGGUCUUUCGCCGGUUUACUUCAUACCCUCCAGAAUUCGAAUGGCCUGUCCUCCGAGCGUCCUUAUCCACCCUGGACGUCUUUCUCUCACAUGUUGACGCAUUCAAAGAUGGCGAGGGAAGUCAGGAAAGUGAGAGUCAAAUUUUGGAUUCCGCUCAGGCGGAUGAUGCCCUCCUGGUCAUUGAUCACGAUCUUUCAAAGGUUUACUUCUCGAUGGCGAGAUGCCUCAUCUCUUCGGAAGGAGACAAGAAGGACCAUUCGACAGUCGCGGACAUGUCUCAUUGCACCGAGCAGGUCAUCAUAUUAACCGCUCGACUUGCAGUCAGGUUUAUUAAUGGCGGCUUACUGCGACUUGCCGACAUUUUUAGACGUGGUAAAUACGGUCUUUUCGAAGAUAUUCCAGCCAAGCUCAACCUCGAUCAACGGAGACAUUUAACCCUGUUUUUGACAACGCUCCUCAAACACAAUUUUGAAGAAUUCAACGAGGCUGGGUUCUCCCUCUCUGAAGCUUGGGUUUUGUCGAUUGUCAAACCACGACCAUAUCUGUCAUACGAGAAUCAGUUCGCAGAGCAGUUGUGGACGCAUCAGAAAGAGUUCGUCCCCGAAGCAGUCAUGGGGCUUUCUAUCAACCCAGACUACAACUCAAAUCGUGAUCUGUUUGAGUUCGCCAUAUCGUGGAUGCGAAAGUCAGUACGAGAUGCUGAACCGGCAGAGAAAAAACUCCUCAUGCCCGAGCAUUCGAAGACAUUGAGGCUGGUGAUGGAGCAGAUGCAGUCUGAUUUGCACACGAUGUGUCAGGAUGCUUCUGAGCACCCAGGCUACGUGGCUUUUGUUCGGGAUAUCAUUACGCUCAUCCGAACCCAUGGUUCUGAUAUAUGCAAGAUCGACGAAUACUUUUAUCGGAUCAGCAAAGAGUACUCGCCGUCCAUCCAAGAUCCGCAGUUACAGGUGGCUGCCAUGAGAUCUUAUGGAAUCAAGUUGAGCGAAGGCGACAACGGGGUUGUCCAUCAGGUCUUUUAUUUUCUUUGCAACAACUUCAAGCUAUCGUUGAAAGAGAACAAACUUCGUGACGAAGCCCAGCUUUUACACAGAGGGAUGGAUAACCAGGGCAUCCUCUCGUUCAUUCUCAGUAAGAUGCUACCAGCUAUCGUUCGUGCAGCUGGAGUUGAGAGCUACGCAUUCGCGAUGAUCGAGGUUUAUGCAGAAGCUCUACGGCUGUUCAUGGCUGAUGGUGUGACUCAUCGAGAGUGGACAGAAAACGAUUUACAGCAUUUGCUCGUUCUGUUCCGUGCUGUCGUCAACGUUUUGGAGCGACUGGGCCAGACUGAUGGACCCCUCCAGGCGGUGCAUGUCCAUCUGAUCACCCAAGUCAUAUAUCUGUCAAACAUCCUCUGGCCGUCUCUUUAUGGCUCAUCUCUAUCCGGAAUAUCGCAUGGUAGUUGGCCAGAUGUUGUGCAGGUUCUGAGGUCCAUCCGGACCGGACUUGAUGUAGCUGAACAGUACGUUGCCGAUAUGGUUGAUGUUGGCGACUGUUCUUUGAGAGCCGAAAUUCUCCUCGCGGGUUUCCGAGGAUCAGGGGCAGCGACUCCUCAGAUCGAAAAUCACGUUAAAACUUUUAUGAAUAAUAUUGUCGACGACAUACGCAAAAUUUGGGUCACUUCCGGGCCUACUAUCACAAUUCAGGCUCCCCGCAGAGGACCUGGGUUCACACAGACACAGUCCAGCCAAGGAACGCCUGCACCCGUUUGGGAGCCAGAAUUGCUUGUGAACAAGCUACAUGAUGAAUUGAGGAUAUGGAAUGGAUGGUGGAUUAAGGCAUUCGACAAAAGAUGUACACCUAUGAAGAUGCAUAUACCUGUUUUGUUUUGA